CUGAGCUACAUCCCCAGUGAUGUCCAGCGUCCAGGAAGGAAACUAGGGUUUACUCAUAUCUUCCCAACAACGGCUGUUUCCUUGGCUUCCUGGACAGCCGUCGCGUUGAGCCCCAAUCAGACGCCGUCGCGAUGGAAGGUGGCGCUCCCACUCCCGCGCGUAUGACCACGGUGUCGCGGCACUACUUCGGCGGCGGCGCGUCCGAGCGCGACCACGACCUCCGCGUCGACAUCAUCGAGAAUAUUGAAGAAGACUACGGCAUGUUUGUCUGGCCAUGCAGUGUCAUUCUGGCAGAGUACGUGUGGCAACAGAGGUCACGGUUCUCUGGCCUCAAAGUAGUUGAGCUUGGUGCUGGAAUCUCACUACCGGGAUUAGUAGCGGCAAAGGUUGGAGCCGAUGUGACUCUGACAGACAUUGCACAUAGUACAGAAGUGCUGAACAACAUAAGAAGAAUAUGCGCUCUCAAUAAUGCCAGCUGUGCUGUUUCAGGACUUACUUGGGGGGACUGGGAUGAACCAAUAUUUGAUCUUCAUCCUGACAUUAUUCUGGGAGCUGAUGUACUUUAUGAUUCAGCAAAUUUUGACAAUCUCUUCGCAACGGUUACUUUCCUUCUGGAAAAUUCUCCUGGGUCAGUGUUCAUAACCACGUACCACAACCGCAGUGGUCAUCAUUUGAUCGAGUUUUUGAUGGUCAAGUGGGGUUUGAAAUGUUUGAAACUGCUGGAUGGUUUCUCCUUCCUCCCAUCAUGCAAGGCUGCUUCACUACAGGGGAACAUUCAGCUUGUUGAAAUUGUGCUUGACAAGGAAAAACAUAAAUGACACUCAGAUGAGCUAACUAUAUCUCAUUGAUCAGAGAUUCUGCAACUCUGAUUCAGAAUGGCUUAUGUUUCACAGGUUACACAUUUACAGGAGCUAACUGGCAGCAGAGAAACACGAGUGCCAUUAUUUGGUCCUCUGCAUACUA